UUUUUGUGUAGCAAAAACAUUAAUUAAAAUGGGAAGACAACCUUGUUGUGACAAAAUAGGACUCAAAAGGGGUCCUUGGACAAUUGAAGAAGAUCAUAGGCUUAUGAAUUUCAUCCUCAAUAAUGGUAUACAAUGUUGGCGUCUUGUACCAAAAUUAGCAGGGCUAAUGAGAUGUGGGAAGAGUUGUAGAUUAAGAUGGAUAAAUUAUCUAAGGCCAGACCUCAAAAGAGGAGCACUUACUGAAGCAGAGGAAGACAUGAUCAUCAAGCUUCAUUCUCAACUUGGCAAUAGGUGGUCGAAAAUAGCAGGACAUUUUCCAGGGCGUACAGACAACGAAAUCAAGAAUCAUUGGAAUACAAGAAUCAAGAAGAAGCUAAAAUUUCUUGGCAUAGACCCUCUAACUCACAAGCCAAUUGAAGAGAUUAAUAAUGAUGAUAUUAAGCAACAAGUUAGUGAAGAGAUUAAUGAAAAGGUGAUGCCAGAAAAAACUUUAGAGUAUACACAAGAGCAACAAAAUUCAACAUCUAGUUCAAGCAUAAAUGAGAGUAAUUUGGAAAUGUUCCAAAAUUCACAUACUUUGGAUAUGUAUUAUCCAGGAGUUGAAGAUCCUUUCCAAAAUUGGAUAGCUAGUCCAAUUCAUAAUUGGGAUCUUUUCGACAACUUACAAGAUAAUUUUCUAUGACGUCCAACAAAAAUUCAAUCUUUCAAAAAUAUUUAAUUUUUGAAGAAUCAUAUACACUCGUGUGUAUGACUGCAUUUUUGGAGGAUCCGAGCGAGUAGCAUAAGCUUCCACUACACAAGUUGAGUAUAUUGACAUAUCUAUUCGAUUCAAUUUGUACAAUCCAGGCCUGAUCAUCAACAUUCUUUUUUUUUUCUCUUGGUAUUUGUU